AUGUCGGGUUGGGACCAAGCCGAAAUCUUUUAUAGUGAUCCCCUUACCUCUCAGGGAGAUGCGGACAACCAGCGCCUCCGCCUUCAGCGCGAGUUUCAGGGCUUUCUCGACGAAUAUCGUGAGGGCAAUGCCUACAUUUACCGCGAUCAGCUUGCCCGACACUACCGGCAGAAUCAAUAUUGUUUGCAAGUCGACUUGGACCAUCUCUCCGGCUACCGCGAUUCGUUGGUAGAGGCCAUCCGCAAAAACCCCGUGGAAACCCUUACUUUGUUUGAACGUGCUGCCAAAGAAGUGACCCGCAAAAUCGUCACGACUGGAACAGAAGCGACAGAGGGCGAAACCAUUCAUGAUAUUCAGUCGGCACAAAUGUCCCAGCUGAUUAAAGUCCCGGGCAUCAUUGUCAGUGCUUCCCCCACUCGAGCCAAGGCCACCGAACUGACCAUUCAAUGCCGCAAUUGCCGCGAAACUAAAAAGUGGCCCGUGAAGCCCGGCUUUGGUGGCGCCCAGCUACCCCGUACAUGCGAUCGCACCCCUGUUGCUGAGGGCGAUCAGCGCUGCCCACUCGAUCCUUUUUUGAUCGUGGCCGACAAGAGUCGCUGCGUGGAUCAACAAAUCUUAAAGAUUCAAGAGUUGCCCGAGUUUGUGCCCACUGGCGAGAUGCCUCGGCAUUUGCUGUUGAUUGCUGAUCGCUAUCUCACUGACCGUGUCAUUCCCGGCACUCGCUGCACAGUGAGCGGUGUCUACACGGUCCAGUCUGGCAAGAAAGAGCGUGGCACGUCAACAGUUGCAGUGCGCCGCCCUUAUAUCCAGGUCUUUGGCAUCCAGGUUGAUUCGGCGGGCUCAAGCCAAUCUCAACAGGGCUUUGACGAUGCCACCGAGGAGCGCAUUCGUAACCUUGCGCGUGAGCCAGAUGUUUACAAGAAGAUCAUCAGCAGCACUGCCCCUAGUAUCUUUGGCUCCGAAGACAUCAAGAAGGCAGUGGCCUGCUUGCUUUUCGGUGGCUCCACCAAGGUCCUGCCAGACGGCAUGCGUCUCCGUGGUGACAUCAACGUGCUACUGCUGGGUGAUCCCGGCACGGCCAAGUCUCAAAUCCUAAAGUUUGCCGAGCAGGUGUCCCCCAUUGGUGUGUAUACCUCUGGCAAGGGCUCUUCGGCCGCUGGUUUGACCGCCUCUGUGAUUCGCGACGCAUCAUCGCGCGAGUUUUAUUUGGAAGGUGGCGCCAUGGUCCUUGCGGAUGGGGGCAUUGUUUGCAUUGACGAGUUUGACAAGAUGCGAGAAUCCGACCGUGUCGCCAUCCACGAGGCCAUGGAGCAGCAGACCAUUAGUAUCGCAAAGGCAGGCAUCACCACGACACUCAAUUCACGUGCUUCCGUGCUAGCCGCAGCCAACUCCGUCUUUGGGCGAUGGGACGAUACAAAGGAGGCGGAUGAGAACAUUGAGUUUCAAUCAACCAUCUUGUCGCGCUUUGACCUCAUCUUCGUCGUCAAGGACGAGUACAAUGAGGAGCGGGACAAGCGCUUGGCGCGCCAUGUGCUCGGUGUGCAUCUGAAUGCGACCGAGCGCACACAGGAAGGUGAACUUGAUGUGCCUUUGUAUAAAAAGUAUAUCCAGUAUGCUCGUCGGCAUUGUGGACCUCGCUUGUCGCCUUCUGCGGCAGAGAAGUUGAAAAACCACUUUGUGCAGCUGCGACAAAAGGCCAAUUUGCAAUUCCAAGAGACGGCCAAGCGGGCGGCGAUUCCAUUGACUGUUCGUCAGCUGGAGGCCCUCGUGCGGAUAUCUGAGUCGUUGGCCAAGAUGAAGCUGGAGCCCUUUGUAACAGAGGAGGACGUGGACGAGGCGUUCCGCCUGUUCCAGGUGUCGACCAUGAGUGCGGCGCUGGCGGGACACGGCACUGAGAACAAUACAGACCAAGCGUCGAUGGAGCAACUCUUGACGAUUGAGCGCCAGAUCAAGCAACGCUUUCCGGUGGGAUCCAAGGUGUCGGAGCAGCGCAUCGUGGACCACAUGAGUCGGCGCAACUUUUCCGAGGCGAUGAUCCGCAAAGUCUUGGGCAUCAUGCUGCGCCGCGGAGAGCUGGAACACAAAAUGCAACGCCGCGUCCUCUACCGCGUUCGAUAG